AUGGAGAAAAAAGUUUUGAUGCAAAAGUAUGAGAUUGGACGUCUCCUUGGCCAAGGCAAUUUCGCCAAGGUUUACCAUGCAAGGGACUUGAACACAGGCCAGAGCGUAGCCAUAAAAGUUAUUAACAAAGAGAUGAUUAUGAAGGUAGGUAUGAAGGAGCAAAUCAAGCGCGAAAUCUCAGUGAUGCGUCUUGUGAGGCACCCCAACAUUGUGCAGCUAUAUGAGGUCAUGGCAACCAAGACAAAGAUAUAUUUUGCAAUGGAAAUUGUGAAAGGUGGUGAACUUUUCGAUAAAGUGUCCCGAGGGAGGUUGGGGGAGGAUGUUGCGAGAAAAUAUUUCCAGCAGCUAAUUGAUGCUGUUGAUUACUGCCACAGCCGAGGGGUCUAUCAUCGUGAUCUCAAACCAGAGAACCUUCUUGUUGAUGAAAAUGGAGACCUCAAAAUUACAGAUUUCGGUUUAAGUGCAUUGGUUGAAUCCAGAAAAAAUGAUGGUCUUCUUCACACAAUAUGUGGAACUCCAGCCUAUGUAGCUCCUGAGGUCAUAAAGAAAAAAGGAUAUGAUGGAGCCAAGGCAGAUAUAUGGUCUUGUGGGGUGAUUCUCUACGUUCUCUUGGCAGGUUUUGUUCCUUUCAAUGCUAAGAAUUUGAUGGAGAUGUAUAAGAAGAUUAUCAAAGCAGAUUGCCUGUUCCCACCAUGGUUCUCGCCAGAUGUGAAAAGGCUUAUUUAUAGGAUCCUUGAUCCCAAUUCAAGGACGAGAAUUAGUAUUGCUAAGAUCGUGCAGAGUCGUUGGUUUAGAAAGGGGUAUGUGCAGAUUCAAGAAUUUCAGCUGCCACCAUUGUUCCCUAGAAAUGGUGAUGAUAUCUUGGAUGUUCAGUCUGCAUUUGAUUCAUCAGAUUCAGAUUCAGAUAGCCCUCCAGUGUCAAUUAAAGAAGAAAGCACCUUGAAGCUAUAUCGAUUCAAUGCAUUUGAUUUGAUAUCACUAUCAUCAGGUCUAGAUCUUUCUGGUUUGUUUGAAAAUGAUCAGAAUGAAAGACAGAUGAUAAGAUUUACUACUAGGGAAAAACCUUCAACUAUUGUAUCAAUGCUUGAAGAGGUAGCACAGAUUGAUAAUAAAUUUAAGGUCUUAAAGAAAGAUGGGGUUGUUAGAUUGGAGGGAUGCAAGGCAGGGAUAAAAGGUCAACUGACUAUAGAUGCAGAAAUUUUUGAAAUUACAUCGUCCUUGUAUGUUGUUGAAGUGAAGAAAGUUGCCGGAAACACAUUUGAAUAUGGUAUAUUCUGGGAACAGUACUUGAAACCUUCUCUGAAAGAAAUAAUUUAA